UCUAUGGUACAAACUACUUAGCUUUUCGACUUCAGGAUAUCAUUAUCAAGGUAAGGAGGGAGAGAAGAGGUGAGGAAAGGGAAGAAGAAGAGAGAGGAUGCAGAGCUUAACAUCAAACGAAGUUGCGGGUUUCGCAGUAGGGGCUCUGCUUCUCGGCGCCACCAUCGCUGCUCCAAAAGUUGACGCUUUCAUUGCCGCUGCUCAGAGAAGGUCUCUUGGGAUGUGCACGAAGUGUGGAGAUGUAAAGAAUGUAGCCUGUGGUCGCUGCAAAGGGACAGGGUCGAUCAAAUCAGGAGGUAUCUUUGGAUUCGGUGAGCCAGAGCCAUCAUCAAACGCCAGAUCAGCCACUUGCGAUAAUUGCAAAGGCAGGGGUUGUUUCCCUUGCCCUGAGUGCUCAAAGUCUUGACUCCUUUUUUGGUUAUUCAAUAGAUUGCCUCAAGACUUCAAACAAAAAACUACUUGUUUCUUUUUCUUGACCUUGUGAUAAAUUCGUUUGAAAAGUAUGUUAUUGGCAGUUUGAUCAGCUGAACCGGAUGUUGGUGUAUUAUUGAUUUUGUUACUCUUAA